AAUACAGGAGGAUCAAAGACACUCGCUGCUCUCAAUCUCUCACUCCAAGUUAAAAGAUCAGAUGUUGAGGAAUUCUUCAAAGAAGCUGGCCAAGUUGUUGACGUCAGAUUUGGUAAGACAGAGUAUGGCAGAUUCCUUGGUUUUGGCAUGGUUGAGUUUGCAACUGCCAGAGAGGCACAAAAGGCACUGGAAUUUCACGGUAGACGUUUGCUCGGUUGUCAAAUCCGUCUUGGGAUUUCUCAUGAGAGUGAACAAAGACCCGCACCAGCAUCAGCACCAGUGUAUAAAACCCAGCAGGUGCCGAGGAACCGUGCUCAGCGGGCAAGCGUUAAGAAACGGCCUACUAAUACAGGAGGAUCAAAGACACUCGCUGCUUUCAAUCUCUCAUUACAAGUUGAAAAAUCAGAUAUUGAGGAAUUCUUCAAAGAAGCUGGCCAAGUUGUUGACGUCAGAUUUGGUAGGACAAACGAUGGUGAUGACAGAUUCCUUGGCUUUGGCAUGGUUGAGUUUGCAACUGCCGGAGAAGCACUGAAGGCACUGGAAUUUCACGGUAGACCUUUGCUCGGUUGUCAAAUCCGUCUUGAGGCUUCUCAUGCGAGGGGACAACGACCUGCAUACACUCCACAAAGUAGACAAAGGAGCGGUGUUGGUCUUCCUAAGGAAGAUAUCAAGAGCUCAUUGCUCAAGAGGGUUUCUGUUCCCACUGACCAUGAAACCGGAGCUUCCAAAAGGCAUAGAGAAUGCGUUUGAACAUGAAGGAUAAAUAUCGUUUUUGAUGAGCCUAGACCUAGGCACAAAAAUGGCAGAGGAAGAGACAUUUUUUAUUUAUUUUAAGGACUAAUAAAACCCUUGCAAUUCGCAUUGUUCUCAAGUCUUAUGCGCAUCUUUUUUUUUUUUUUGGGCUGUUUUCUCCUUAUCUUUGACUAAUAAGAUUCAAACUUUAAGAAUAUCUUUAUAUACUCGUAAGAUUCAGAAAUCUGCACUACGCUUGUGUUUUGUGCUUGCUUCUCUUGGAAACUGUACCACGUGUUUCUCGUGAACCAAUAUAUAUAUAUAUAUAUAAAUUUGGCAGCAUCUUUGAUCUAUGGCUAUGCAAUAAUACACCGGGUCUAAACAAAGCGUCUUCACCACAAAACCACUUGACUCAACACAUCUUGGGAUCUGAUCGUUAGUUUCAGGUUUUUGUUUUCGACAAUGUUGUUAAGUCGAAACCGUACAUACUGGUUUGAGGCAACACCACCAGGGACUACCUGAAGAUCAAAGAGUUGAAAGCCAAGUUUAGUGGACAAGUGCAAAACAUAGGUUUCAUUUCUUCAUAUUUGAGUCUCUCACCAUAUGUUUUAUAGAAGGCUCGAGUUUCAUUGCCAAGUCUAUUGCUCGCUCACACUUUUCCUCCAGAUGCAAGACAGUUACU